CAAGAUAAAUUUCUAGGAUGAAUUUUCAAAACUGUUCAAUAAUCGUCCUUUUUGUGGCUUAUUUCUCGAUUUCUGUCAUUGUGACUCAGCAAGGGGAUGAUCUUUAUGCUACUCUAGGAGUUGAUCGCACAUCAACCACCAGGGAAAUUAAAAAAGCGUACAAAAAUCUUGCUCGAAUCUGGCAUCCAGACAAGAAUAAAGACCCUGGGGCAAAUGAUCAAUUCACAAAAAUCAAUGAAGCCUACGAGACUCUGACAGAUCCAAACAAGCGAAAGGAAUAUGACAAUUUUGGCUAUGUGCGUAUGGAGACGGGUAACGCCCAGGAAUACAGGCGGCAGUCCUUCAACCAGUUCCAUGACAUGUUCGGACGCAGCGGCUUCAAUUUCAAAUUUGGUGGCGAGAGUUUCAACAAGUAUCAGAUAACAUUCAGGAGCUACCGUAUGAACGUUAAGCCAGAGAGUUACCACAAACCAUACCUAAUCUACAUCUAUGCUGAUCUGUGCAUGAGAUGUAUGCAGCUGGAGAGUUUGUGGGAGAAAAUGGUGGACGACCUGGAGAUAGUGGGUCUUGGCCUCGGCACCUUCAAUUACCACCAGGAUGGGAACCUAGCUAACGAGAUGGGAAUCCAUACGUACCCCCUCUUUGUGUCUGUCAACCAGGGAAAGAUCUCUUACUUCAGAGGAGACUAUUCGGUGCCGUCUCUGCGUUCAUUUGUCAGAGGGUUCUUCCCCAAGAAUCGGGUAGUCAGGGUGAAUGAUGAAAAUUACGAAGAAUUCCUCCAAGGCUGGUCGGACAAUAAGAUGCGUGCUAUCAUGUUCGGCCACCAAGAUGCCCAGCCGCUCCGCUACCUAGCAGCUGCUCAAAAGUUCCGUGAAAGGAUAGCGUUUGCGUACGUUAAGCUGGGUUCGCUGUCGAGGGGCAUGGAGCGCAAGUUUGGGCUGAGGACGUACAAAGAGACGAUACUGAUGUUUAAUGAGGACACAGGCUCUCCUGCUGCUGUGGUCUCAAUGAGUAAGCUUACCCGCAGCACUAUCGAUGAUCUGCUGCAGUCUAACAAGUACCUCAUCCUGCCCAGGUUGUCCUCGCAGGAAAUCUUUAGCGAUCUUUGUCCCAUCGAGCCAAGCAGGAAUCUCAGAAAAUUUUGUGUCGUACUUCUUACCAAGAAUGCACCAGAACACAUGGCCACACGCACUCGAUUCCGGGAGUAUGCGAGUAACUUCAGAAACUCAUAUGGACACUCCUUCAGCCAUCAGGUCCAGUUUGCGUACGUUUAUGAGGAUACACAGACGGAUUUCAAGAAGAAAUUGACAAAGCAGAGCGAGAAGAAUGACUCAUUCUUGGCGGUUGUGAUCCUUUGGCGUCACAGCUCCAAACACAUCGACUACGACUGGCUUGAAAACGGAUGGCCGAAAGACGAUCCGGAUAAGAUACCAAGCACCGAAGCGAUGCUUGAUCGUACUUUAGAGGGGCUAGUGCGGAAUCGGAAGGUGCUGCAGCUGACAGCAAAUCUGCCAGAAUUCAUCGACGAACACGCAAAUAUCCUCAUUGUAAGGGUCUGGUACAAGAUGCUGGACCUUUUGGAUAACUCGUUCUCGAUAUUCAGAUACUUUGAUCAGGUCACCGUCAUCUACGGCUUGCUCACAGUAUUUUUUGUCAGUUUCUUUGGAUAUAUCAUGCACAUGUUGAUGGUGAUGGAAGAGAGCAAGAUCGAGGAUGCAAAUGGUGGUCCAAAAAAGAGGAAACCGACAAGUACUAGUAGUAGUACUGCUCCUAGCACUCAAGGUGAAAAAAAAGACGAUGCGACUCUGUUUCUGCGAGAGUUACGCGGGGAGACUUUUGUGCCUCUCAUACAAAAAGCAGCCCCUGGCACACUUUGUCUGUGUAUUCUCGUCAGUGAAGAAACAAAGCACAAAUUACUACAAAAAUUUGCUAAAAUUGUCUGGCCGUAUUCCAGAUAUAAAGCCUUGAAUUUCUCAUUCCUGAUGGUGGACCGCUAUAUCGGUUGGUACAAAAGAUUACUGGAGGAAACCAUAGACUUCAGACGUAAUCUAGACGGUAUCGUGACACGAAACGUCAUCGGAACGGUUGUAGCAAUCAACGGGCAUCGGAAAUAUUUCUGCAUGUACCAUGCGAAACAUCAAGCAAGGAAACGCAAGAAGGCUCAAGGCCCGUUGAGUGGCUUUAUUGGAAUGGAUGAGACUGAUAGUGAGGAUGAUGGGUUUUCUGUGCUGCAUGAGCCAGAAGUGACACUAUUUGAGGAGGACCUGUUGCUUGGACUUGGGGACUGGUUUGACAGGUUAUACGAGGGUUCGCUGCAGAGGCUCAGAGUUGACGAGUGGCCUGUCCUCUAACAUGAGGCAUUUGAGGAUGAAUUUCAAUAUUUCUCUUUCCCAGUUUUCAGGGAGCUCAAUACUUAGUUACUGGUACUUAAUUUUUUUAUUCGUCUCACCCUCUAUAAGGUUCAGUAAUGUGAGCAGUAGCUAUGAGAUUGAAAAGCAACAUUGCCGUCUAUACAGGGAAAAUGAAACUACGUUAUCAAAUCAGAACUCAAUAAAACCAAGCUUAUUCCUAUUAGAAUACUGACUUAGCCCUUGCAUUAAGAAUCAGGAGUUGGCAAAUCAUUUGAGAAUCAGUGUUAAGGGAUGAGAAAGUUCAGAUUGCUCUCAAUAAAUCCAAAAUGAAACAGUGGUUCCAGAGGUUGUUUUGCAAAUUUUCCAACCUGUGAGUAUUUGACACUUGGUGUCUGACACAUCUCUUCAAUAACUUGAUGCAUGUGUGAUAAUUUUAAUAUACAAUUGUAUUUUUUCUUAUGUUAAUCAUGACAAAGUAACAGCAACCGAACAUUGUACAUGUAUGUACAAGUUAAUUAGGAGCCUUGUUUAUGAAUGCCACCAAUUGCAUUUUUUUAUAUGAUUUGUAUUAUAUGUAACUGGCGUUAACAGUAUUAAGUAAAUGAUAGAAAAUAAGUGGCCACCGCUGUCAUCAAUUAACAUUGUGGAAAUCUAACCAUUCCAUAACUAGUAUCAAGAGUGUAGAAAGACAUGAAUUUUUUUGUAUAAAUCUAAUUUAUUCGCAUACCCAAUAUGCAAAUAAGUUUCAAUGUUGUGACGUCUGUCGUUGUUUGUGUUCAAUCAUAAUCGUCUUUACACCACUGCCAAAACAGUAAAACUCAAAUUCACAUGAUGUGUUGUUUGAAGCUCUGAAAUGCCAUUGCAGUACGUCUCAGAAAAUGAAUGGGAUAAGUUUGAUAAAAUACUUCAUGUUCCUCGAUUGGAAAUACAGUAGAACCUCUCUAUUAAGGACACCCUAGGGACUGACAAAUACUGUCCUUAAUGGGGAGGUGUCCUGAUAAUUCCAGGGUGGUGUCUGUGUAACAAAUUGAGGAAAAUAGCCUAUUUCAGCAAAAUAACUUGUUGUUCGACGUCUAGAAAGAGGUUAAGCAUGUGUUUGAUCAAAUACCUUCAGAAACUUCUUGGCAUAAUUUAUGAGUGUUUACCGUUUGCAUGCUAUUGCUAGCCUCAUUUUGUGUAGUUCUGCUAUCUAUAAUUUAUUUGAUUCAUAAAGAAUUUUGAUAGUAUUGAUAGUGACUGGCCUUGUUUUGGCCACUGUCCGAGUGUUAGUUUUUGAGUGACAGAGUUUUCUAUAAAUCGUGUAUGAAUCCAUGCUUGAUAGCGCCUAUGGACGAGAAGAUAAAACAAUUAUUUUGGGUUCUGUCUAUCAUUGUCAGCCGUUAGUGGAAGUUAGCGUAUAGAUUCCAUGGCUCAUUUGAGGACAGUUGGACUGUUAUGUAUAUUAUGUUCAAACUACUAUUUAUUUAUGGAUUUUCAAUAAAUGUAUGAACAAUA